AACAAAAACUCUAGCCAAAAUGUCUCGAUCAUUCCUUGUUGAUUCCUUAAUUUUGAAGAAACCGAAAGUAACUGAAAAUGGUGGUAAUAGUCAAGCGGGAAAUACACAUCCCAAUCACCAGAGCCCCUCUAUUCACGGUCGCGGGUCGCCAUCAUCUAUUUGUCCAUCGAGAUUAUCUUCGACAACUCAACCACUAACGUGUUACCCGCGACAUCCAUCUGAUGUAUUAGGAUUCUGCUGUCCCCUCUGCAUUCACACACCUCAUCAUUCUGUCGGUCAAGUGCUUGCAGGCCAUACAACGGGUCUGGCAAGUGUCAAACCCUUGGGGGAUAUAGUAACUACAAGUUCGUCCUUGGUCGGAACUAUACCAACCACACUCCCAUCACACCACAGACAGAUAGACAUGCUAUCGAACCAGUUACCCCAUUUCCAACAAACCUCCAGUUUGCCAACCUACAGACCUACAGAACCAAGGCCAAUCGGUUACAUGAAUUUAGUUUUCGGUGAAAUCCCUGCCAAGUCUAAGUACCUAGCGCCAGAAAUCAGUGACAGUGAAGCCAGUCAAAGUAGCAAGUCUUCGGUGGAUGAUCUUCAGAGUAGUAAGCGGAUACGAACAGCAUUUACUAGUAGGCAAUUACUCGAACUUGAGCGGGAAUUCGUCUCUAAUAUGUAUUUAUCUAGACUACGGCGUAUUGAAAUUGCUACAUACUUAAAUCUUUCUGAGAAACAAGUGAAGAUCUGGUUUCAGAACAGACGAGUCAAAUACAAAAAGGAAGGCACUGACGAAUCACGAGAGAAAUGUCGAUGUCUGCGAACAUGUACACCUCGAAACGGCUCCGAAAGAAAGAAGGCAAACAGUGAUUUGAUCGGUGAAAAUAAUGGCGAUAUAGUUUGUAAUAAAAUUGCCAGAAUGGACAAUGGUUCCUCUGACGAAGGGGACUCUUAUCACAUCGAUAUAUCUGGUGACAUACACCACUGUGAAUCACCUUCAAGAAACUCUCCAAAUACUUAACUGUGUGUCAAACAAGAUUCUAGAAUGUGCGUAAAUGUUUGAAUGUGUAUGUGUGUGAAGGACAAAGAAAAAGCGGAAGAAGACCGCGAGCGAGCGAAAGAAAGAUGAAGAGAAGAAAAGAAAAUGUUAGCUGCAAUCAUUUCUCGAGAAAAACUACACCGAAACUGUUUUAUCUGGAUAAGAAAAUCCUCAAUCAAUAUGGUUUAUACUGAUUCUUUAAACGUGUAUCUUAUCCUAGAAGUAUCAAUGCCAUUCCACUUCUUUCCAAAAACUGUGGAAAAGAGAAAAUAUCAAAAUAGCCUGUCAUCAACGACACAUUUUACACAAUUUGUUCAACAUUCGUCGAUCAAUAACUUGUUAAUUAAAUUCUUUCUUUGAAAAUUCAUAAAAUUUUGAAUGAAAUAUUUUUUUAGAGUAAACUUCGUUAUAUCAUAUACUUUGGUCUGGAACUAAGUCAGGCCAAAGUACAUAUAACACAAUUUCUUGAAGAAAUAUUUCUCCUAAAAAUGAAUAUAUUUAAUAAAUUUAUUUAUUUAAAUCCUGCAUUAACAUAUGAAUAAUUUAAACUGUCACUUAAAACUGGAAAAGAAGCUCAUUCAUUUCCCAAUAUCGGAAGUGAAUGAAUUUUCCAUUUGUAAGAAUUAAUUCUAUCCUUAGAAAGAAAGAAAGAAAGACAAAAAAGCACUUUCAUAUUUCUAGGGAAACCCCUACAUGGUUGUUCAGUUUGCAUCCAAAUCUGUCUUAAAUCCCCCCACACACACACACACCUGUCCUGUAUUCUUGGAAAAGAAAGUCACAUUGGGUAAUGUGAUUCAAGAUUGUCUCACAGUAUAUCUGAAUAAAAGACGGGUUGAUCAGAGCAGCUGAACACGUCGUUGACCGUAAGUCUGCACGAUUCCGACUGAUAUGAACAUUAACAUCAACAACAAUGGCCUCCAUGUUUCAUAACUUCAUCAGAUUUUAUUGGUUAUAUAUUAUAACAAAAUAUUUCUUCAAUAUGAAAUAAAAUACGUCAACAAUAAUUGAUAUUUCUUAUCUUGAAGAAUAACAAUUGCAGUUAAACAUUUUACCCAUUCCCUCUUGUAUCACAAAACAUGUAGUAACAACAUGAAUCGUGUACUUAUUAAAACUUUAUUUUUACUUUUUUAUUAUUUAUUCUAAUUUAUAUAAAAAAAAGAUGCUG